GAGAGAGAGAGUUUAGUGAAGUAACUCAGAUUUUCUACGGAUCCAUCUUUCUCAAGGUCGAAGAAAAGCAUCUAUGAAAUCAUUGUAAUACAUUAUUACCCUUUUGCAAGAGCAUCAACUAAAACCCCGUCUUCCAUCCUCGCUCUCGAGAAGAAAACUCGAAGAUUUGUUUUCUUUUUGGGGAGAUUUGAACUGAUGAAGAGCAAAACUCAUCACCAGCAGAACGGCAAUGGCGGCGGAGGAAGCGACAAUGGAUGUCGGAGCGAGUCCCCGAGCCCUCCUUUGUCGCCACGCCGCCGCGUCACCCGCCGUCUCGCUAUCCGGCGAAACCUCCGGUACCUGCUCCUCCUUCCGAUGAUGUACGCCUCUGGGCUUCUCAUGUGUGUCGGACCCUUCUCGGGUCUUGUCGGGUGGGCUCCUGUUCCGGGGUCGGUUUAUCGAAGCCCCAUUAUUUUCCAGAAGCUCAGAGACGACAUUUUUGCCGACAAUUCUACCGCGAUUGAGUUGUCUUCUGUGUGGAAAUACAAAAGAAGGCCAAAAAUGCCGAAACCUUGUCCGAAUUCGACAGCUUCAUCACAUCUUGGUCUGAGCAGAGAGCCAUAUGGUCCUAAUGGCUACCUGAUCGUUGCAGCAAAUGGUGGCCUUAACCAACAGCGUUCUGCGAUUUGCAAUGCUGUGGCUGUUGCUGGGCUUCUAAAUGCAGUCUUAGUCAUCCCUCGGUUUGAAUUCCACACCAUUUGGAAGGAUUCGAGCACUUUUGGAGAUAUUUAUGAUGAAGAUCAUUUCGUAAGGACCCUUGAAGGUUACGUUAAAGUUGUGAGAGAGCUUCCGGAUGAGAUUAUGGCUCGUUGUAGUUAUAACUUUACGAGUAUUCCGAACCUCAGUGUUGAAGCUUGGGCUUCUGCUAAUCACUACAUGAGGGAAGUUUAUCCGGUUUUGAAGGACCACGGGGUUAUACGGAUUUCCCCAUUUGCUAAUAGAUUGGCGAUGAGCGUCCCCCCAUAUAUCCAGCUUCUUAGGUGCAUAGCUAAUUAUAAAGCCUUAAAAUUCUCUGUGCCUAUAUCGACACUAGCCGAGAAGUUAGUUGAUCGAAUGAUCGAGAAAAGCUCAGACACUGGUGGAAAGUAUGUCUCGGUUCACCUCCGUUUCGAGGAGGACAUGGUAGCUUUUUCUUGCUGUCUCUACGAUGGCGGGGAAGCUGAGAAAUCAGAAAUGAAUUUGAUCAGACAGAAGGCUUGGAAGGGGAAGUUCAAACGAAGAGGUCGUGUCAUUAGGCCUGACCUGAACCGGAUUGAAGGGAAAUGCCCCCUUACCCCCUUGGAGGUCGGUAUGAUGCUUCGUGGUAUGGGAUUUGAUAACAACACUUCGAUAUACUUAGCCUCGGGAAAAAUCUACCAAGCUGAGAAACAUUUGGCUCCUCUCCGAGAAAUGUUUCCCCGUCUCUACACAAAAGGGUCUCUUGCAACACCCGAGGAGCUUGCCUCGUUCGUGGGGUACUCUUCAAGAAUGGCUGCUGUGGACUACAUGGUGAGCUUGUUCAGUGAAGUGUUUGUGACUACUCAAGGUGGAAACUUUCCCCAUUUUCUGAUGGGCCAUAGAAGAUUUCUCUUCGGCGGGCAUUCAAAAACGAUCAUUCCCGACAAACCCAAGCUCGUUCAGCUUCUUCAUCACGGUGACAUGAGAUGGGAGGUUUUCAAGAAGGAGAUGGAUCUGAUGCUCGGGGAGAGCGACAGAAAGGGCGUGAUGGUACCGAGAAUCAAGAAGAUCAACCGAAAAACCUCUGUUUACGCAUUCCCUUUGCCAGAAUGCGAGUGUAUCUUUCAAUUAUCUCCCAACUCUUCGACUUCAGGAGCUUCUCCUCCCACCCCUGAUUAGCCCGUGAUGAAAAUGCGGUCUUUCACCGCGUUCUUUUGACCCUUGGACCAAAAAUUUCAACCCAAACCAAACAGGCACAGGGGGGUUUUGGUGUGGACAAGAAGUGCAAGGAGAGCUUUUAGGGGAUUGAAGUUGAACCAUCACAAAGUCCGGUUCGACUUUUUCUCUAAUUCUUGUGCUUCCAUCGAUUUUCAAAUGUACAGAAAGUUAAAUGAAUUUGCAAAAUUCUCUCAGAUUCCUAUA